UUGACCAUGUUCUGUUCUAAGAAAAGUGAACGCUAGUCACUACGCUCGCACUUGUUUUUUUUUAAAUGAAUCUAUCUAAACGGUAUAACUAAGGCUUCAAUUUAGGUAAACAUAGUAUACAUAAAUGGCGUGAUUUUUCUUAAUUCUGUUACAUGCUUUUCAUAAGUAGAUUUUGAUUCCCUCCUCCCAUCAAGUCCAGUCGUUUUUCCCACGCUUCAUAGCCAGUAGCAUAGUAAGCCUGACGAUUUGCCUCACUUGAUAUGUUCACUGUUCAUUGACUGUGAAAACAAUAAAUUUCUAAGGACAUAAAUUAUUAUGAUAGCUCAAAUUUAAAUAGCAGGACAAAAUCUCAGAGAUCGACAAAAGCAGGACAAAAUCUCUUGAGAUCGUAUAUACAUUUCUUGAGAGGCGACAUUGUUAUUUGUCAUAAUUUAUUUUAUUAAUGCUGCAGCUAAUGGCGUAAAACAGUGCUCAGUUGUAAUUCAGCCCCAUUCACCCAUUACUAUAGCACACGAGAAAUAUUAUUCUCAUGAACAAUGACAGUAACGUGAUUACAGAUGGUAUGAUGGAGCAGUAACAAUGUAGUCACACUACAGGCUUCUACAUAGAUCAGUGGCUACGUAGGAUGAGCUCUGUUGUGAGGCUAUAUUUUAGUCGGUCCAUAUAGAGUCAAGACUGAUCCAUGGAUUCAUAUGCAUGCAGCUUUCAGCCUCAAUUAUACAAUCUUAAUUAAACGUUAGUUAACUGUUCAUCAAAAUUUCAUUUUAAUUUAUAAUGUUUUCAGUAUUUUAACUAUGCCAUCAAUCUCGAAUUUGCUGUUCCAAUAAUAAAUUGAAGUGAACUAGCCACCAGCAGAUGUCCUUAGACGCGUUCAAGCCGACUCAAAGAAUUUGUGUCCUUUAUUUGGUAUAUGCUGGCUAUGAAGUAGCAUCUGAAUGGCAGCAAGACGUUUUUCAACAGAAGAAUUGAAUUUCUUUAAAUUUGCAUCCAUCGUUUACGAUGAAUUUCCAACGAUGUUACGUUCGAUAUUUGUGACAUUGUGGGACUCAAAGAUCGCGCCACUGGCGGGUAACAAGACUUGGGACGACACACCCAUAGUACGGAACCUUUUUUUAGGAUGCGAAGGAGGUAGAACUAAAAUACCAACCAGUAAGUCGUUUGAGGAUUGGGAUUGUACUGCACUGUUUAAUGCAACCAUUUACGCGAAGACCUUUGCCACCUCGACCAAAACACUGAAGGAUCAAUUUAUACAGGGAAAAAACCCCAAUCCUUUCCAUUCCACGCUGAUCAGUCCAACUGGUAACAACGAUGAAACGAUAGCUUUAGCAACCGAUCAAAUUCGACUGCUUAGAAACGCUCUAUGUCAUCUGCCCCAUCCCACAAUAGAAAAAGCAACGUUUGAUGAUUAUGUUCAACUCGCUAAGGAUGCUUUUGCUGCAGUCAAAUUCCCAACAUGUCAAAUUGACUAUAUUGGUAAUCUUGAUGAGAAAGAAUUUCCAACGGAGAAAGUUGAUGAGUUGAAAAGAAAAAUUAGGGAUGUUGAACUAGAGAACUACAAUUUUCUUAAGGAAAACGUUGACAAGAAAAUAACAACGUUGACUGAUGACUGCCAACACAACAAACAAUUCAGAGAAAGUAUGAUGCUGAAAAUAGACGAGAUUAUAGCAAAAAUACCGGAAAUGAUCUGGGAUUCGCCAAGGGAUAUAAGCUGUGAAGGAGGUGAAUUGGUAAUUCGCGUUGGUCUUGAAAAUGUUUUAAAAACUUUAAUUCACUUGCCGCAAUUCCAACACGCGAUCAAGAGAUGUUUUGGGGGUGAUGAUAGAAAUGACCAAGAAUUUAAAAAAUUCAAAGAAGGAAGUGUUAUUGUUCCACUAAACUGUUUUACCGAUAAAAGGUUUCUUGAAGUUUUGAAUGAUUUUGAAUCUGGAAGGCUGAAAGAACGUUUGCUGAAGGAAUUUUCGUGGAUUGGAGUUAAAGCAGAAGAAAUGAAGAUUGAAAUAAUUAACAUAGAGGAAGUCAACAAAACGAAAGAAGCUAUAAAAAUAAAGAAUACCGCGAAAAUGUGGAACGCUAUCAAAAAAGGAGAUACAGAGGAAGUAAGACGACUUGUUCCAGCCUAUGUUGAUGUGAACGGAAAAGUUACUGAAGAGUUGUCUUUGCUUCAUCUCGCUACACAAUUUGGGUCUUUAGACAUAGUCAAACAUUUGGUUGAACAUGGUGCCGAGGUAGCAAGCGACGACAACAGUUGCCUAGAAACAGUUCUGCACUCGGCUUGUCGCGGGGGCAGUGACACAAUUGUUCAAUACCUUCUCCAACAUGGAGCUGCGAAAGAUAUUAAUAGAAAAAAUCCUUCCGGACGUUUACCGUUGAGCGUAGCAUGCUCUAAUUAUCACAUAGCUGUAGUUCAAACAUUAGUGAAGGCUCACGAUGAUGCCAAAUGUCGCAGUCUUUUGUGUCAUUUGAAUUUGACUGCAGAAGAUGAAAUAUUUCUGCGAUUAAUAGAGAGGCUUAGCGUAGAUUCUGAUGAAAAGUAUAUGGGAGACGAUUUUUCUAAAGAAGCCCAACCCAAAGCCUUCGAUGAGAGGCCAUUGGCGAUACACCCCAGUGAAUUUAUUGCCCAGGAUUUGGAAGAGGAUGAUUUUCCGAAAGGCAUCGUUAAUUCAGAAUAUAGCAUGAAAAGAGAAGUACAUGAAGUAGUUGGAAGCGUUGCCCCCCCUUUAUAUGUUGGCGUGAUGUCAUACCAAUCACUCAUCGAAUGCUAUGUCCACGGCAUCAUAAAUCAACCCCGGGGGGUACAAGUGGUUGAAGGAGUUGAUGGUGUUAUGAUGUAUGAAUUUGACAAAUGUCGAAAUGAAGUUAGGCAAAGACUGAACACACUAGAGUGGUUGCUUUUGGGCUUGGACGCGAAAGUCAUCAAUGUCGUAAUGAGGAUGGGUGAUGAAUUUUUUAGAACAGGAAAUAUUGAGAUGGCAUUGAAUUUUUAUCGUGAAGCAGGUUAUUUGUUUCCCGAGACCGGUAUUUGUCUCAUAAGAGAAGCACAGUGCCUCAUCGAACUCGAUUAUUUUGACCAAGCAAAGAAAGCGUGUAGAAAAGCAAUUCGCUUUGGUGAUCAUACUCAGUAUGCAGAAUUACUUCCAGUAAUUGACAUUUUUGAGCAUUACGAACGGCUGCGGGACGCUUAUGAUCUUUAUAAGUCUUUGAUGGAAAAAUAUCCCGGUAACUUGUACUUCAUGGAAAGGAUGAGAGUAUUACAAAUAUCGAUUUGGGAGAAGACUGAAAGACAGAAGAGGAGUGCCAGCAAAAGACAGAAUGUUAGUCAAGGGACUGGUGGAUUAACGAAAUCGUCUGGCGCAAACGGCAUUCAAACAAGUGAUAAGAAGUUAAGUGAGGCCUCCGGUGGAACCGAUCAAGCUUCCGGGACUGAUGCCACACAGAUCACAGAGACGCCAAAGGUUGCAAAGACCUCAAAGCAAUUAAAAAGGGACGCGAUGGCUAAGAAUAAGGAGCUUGAAAGGGAAAUUCAAAAGGCAAGUAAAGAACAAGAAGAGAAACUGAAAAAACAAGAGGAGUUGGAAGCACGCAAGAAAAAAGAACGAGAAGAAAAGAAAGAAAUGCAAAGAAAACAGGAAGUAGAAGAACGCGAGCGGAGGGAAAGAGAGGAGCGAGAAAAACGCAAGAAACAAAAAGAACGGGAUAAGAGCAAUAAAGCCGUACGAAAAGAGGAAAGAAGCCAGCAUGACGUCGUCAGAGGUGUUGUUCCACAGUCCAUUCCACCCGAUGGUCCUUCCUCCGUGAAUGCACCUGUACUCAACAAUGCUAAGCGCUCUCUCAACGACAUGCCAAAAGAUUUUGACCGUGUUCUUUCAAGCGGGUCGCGUAUCAGACUUCUCUGUCCCAAAUGCAACACUCCCCGUGCCUUCGAAGUACUCAAGUGUAGCUCAUGUGACAGUGAACUUCAGAUUUGGUAUAGAAAAGUUAGCACAACUGAGUGGACCAAGCCACGCAAGCCGCCAACUCAGGAAAUAAGGGGCCCUUAUGAAGAAUGCAAGCAUUACAAACAGGGCGAAAGGUGCGUCAGAACACCGUGUACAUUUCCGCACGGACCAGAUGAACUGGAAAUUUGGGAAUUAUGCCGUUCACGUUCAAAAGGAUCAAGGCCACUGGCAAUUCCAAGGCCACGUUCAACAACUCCUUCUAAAAAGAUGAAAUCCCAAAGAGGGCAGUUUUUUUUGCUCCAGUCCCUAGAGAAGUCACGAAGUUGCUUGACCUUAAACGGUUACGAAUCUAGUCCCGGCCGUCGUUCUAGAGCUGAUUCUGUGAGUUCCCGCCGUUCUCUACAAUCCUUUUCAAAUACCUUCGACGUUCUGAGCACAGAUGAUUUCUCCGAAGACAUGCUUGACAACUUUGAUUCGGAGUUUUCAAACUUCCUUUCUCAAGAUGCUCCCUACCAAUUAAGCCAAGAUUCGGAUGCUUUAUUCCCAUCAUCUUUACUGCCCCAUACUGAAACAGACGCUUGUCCGACGGAAGGGGACUCCGGGCAGAAUCGUGAGGAAACACCUGAAGAAAAAGAUAAAGGAGACGAUGAAAGCGAUGACAGUAUUUGGACGACAGUAGAGAGGCGAAGAAAACCUCUAGCAGAAAGAAUUCUCAGAAAGGAAAGGACAAAGAGAGGUAAAAGAAGAAGAAAGAAGAAAAAACCGAGCACAUCCUCAGCAAAACCAAGUACACCAAGCAGUCAAACAGCUACGAACACCGUAUCCGUGUCGUCCGUUAUGGAGCAAGAAGAACUAAGAUGUAGAUUCUGUGAUAUAAAAUUCUCAUCCAUGUUAGAGCUUGAGUAUCAUUAUUCCGAUCCUCAGCACAAAGUCAAUGUGAUAAGACUUACGGAGAAACUUCGCAAACCCAUCAAGAAAUUUCGUCCUCCCCCUGAUGGAGUUAAUAUGGGCCGGUAUAAAGUGUGUCGAAGAUUUGUGCAAGGUUACUGUUACUUCGGUAAAAAGUGCACGUUUGCGCAUGGCGAAGGAGAACGUGAUUAUUGGAAAGCUCUAUACGAACAACAAAAUAAUCAGCUUACACAGCUUAAAGAGGAACAUCUUCUAGCAGAAAGCUUUAGCGAAAAACUCAGGCGUAGAAUCAAAUGUGGAGAUCAAAACCAUGUGCUCAAGAAAGAUCUUCCUGGUGUAACAGUUAAGUGCAAUUCGCCAAGGCAAAUAAAAUUGGAAAAAACGGAUCGUCCGCAAGUCGAGCAUACGUGGAUAUUUGAUGUUCGAAUCCAGAGAAAUUUUCAACUAAUGCUGAGUCAAGUCGCCUUUCUUUUGGAGACCCACUUAGACAAAUUCAAGCUUCUCCGUUGUAAUGAGACAUCAAAGCAUUCUUCAACCGCGCAAUGUGUUCGCUUUCAGAAAGAGGAUUUCAUUGAAGACUCUGCCAAGAAUGAGUCAGCCGUGCAAUUCUGUAUUCAGUUUUCGUCAGGUGUUUUUGGUGAUUUCGAACAGAAGUUAGUGUUUGACUUCGGUCAGGGCUCCGUACUCGUUCGUCCACUCUUUGUGUCGGUCGUGAGCAAAGAUACUUCUAAAGAAAAAUCUUCACGUACAAGAUAUUGUCACAUCGCUGAAUGGUCUGUGGACAAAAUGGAAUUGGUUCCGUGUAAAGAACUGAUGCGAUGGGAUUUGGAGGGUUUAUGUGAACGGUACAGCAUUCCAGAUGUCUUGCCUGAUCCUGCAAAGUGUCCAGCAUUCUCACGUGAAAAAUACUGCAAUAUUUGGCACCAAAUUUUGUUGAUUGAAGAAAAACACAUUGGGACAGAGGUUGCCAGAUAUGAUAUCCAAGAUGGCUUUAUGCAAGUGGUAAACAAAUUCGCUUGCGCUGAAGGGACAGUUUUUGCAUUACCCGGUGAAAUGUUUGGUGUGAUCGAUUUACCAGAUUAUCUUGUUAUGGACGAAGUUGCUGGCCAUCUGAUAAAUCGCUCAGUAAUGUCUGUGAUCUUGCGACUUAAGUUGGAAAAAUCUCACAGAAAUAGAGUGUACGAAUGUAACAUCAAAUCAAAGACUUCGCAAUCGGUUAUCAUAAAACUGAAUGAGGAGUUAUGCAAAGAUUAUGAUUUUGCAUAUGAUCAAGUCGUCCAGAUCGAUCUCAAAUUCAAGUACAAUCGUCGUCCAAUGUGUGAAAUGCAUCAAGCAAUUGACUUGUGUAGAGAGAAGACCGACAUCCUACUUCCAAAUGCAAAGAAUGCAUCCUAUAAGUGCAAGAAAUUGAUCCAUGAUUGGUUUAUGGACAGAAAACCAAACCCAAAUCAACACGAAGCGAUUUCGAUGAUUCUCGAUCCCACUCCUACUCCGCCGAUUCUCGUGAUCGGGCCGUUUGGCACUGGGAAAACAUUCACCUUGAGCCUCGCUUGUGUGGCCAUUCUCAACCAAUCUAAAACAAAUAAAGUUCUCAUUUGCACCCAUUCUCACAGCGCAGCGCACAUUCACCUGGAUCAUUUGGAUGCGAAAAUACAAGAAAAACCAUUAAUAAACAUUCGACCACUUCAUGUGGUUAACUGGUUUCGAAAUGUCAACACUAUUCCUAAAGAACUGCGGAAGUAUUGCAACAUUGAAGAAGAAACCAAUGAAAUACGGGAGCCAACACUGAUUGACAUUCGUGACAAUAACGUCAUCAUUACGACUUUGGCGACCGCUCGUUUGCUGUGGAAAUUUUAUCAGGAUAAAAAAUUUUGUUUCACGCAUAUCUUAAUUGACGAGGCCGCGCAGGCCCUGGAACCCGAGUCCUUGACUCCGUUUGUCAUGGCUGAUGAGAACACAAAAAUUGUGUUGGCUGGGGACCAUCAGCAGAUGGGCCCACCAGCUUAUUCAAAAUGGAUGUGGGCUGAUGAGUUUGGUCCAAAAGUGUCUCUUCUUGAACGACUGUUUAAUCAUUACAAGCAAUGUAACAUGUCUUCAAAUAACCCACCAGAAGAAGGCAAUGAAGACACCUCUUACGUUGAAACACCGUAUGUAGUCUUACUUACUGAAAACUACCGCUGCCACGAGAAGAUUCUCCAGUUUCCAUCUGAUAACUUUUAUGGAGGCGAAUUGGUUGCCAGAGGCGACCAAACUACCUACAAAAAGUUGCCAGUUCUUUCGUUCUACACUGCCCAAGGUGUGGAUAAACAAGAUGAAGAAGGUUUGUCGUACUACAACGACGCUGAAGUUGCUGAAGUAGUAGCAAGAGUUGAAGAUCUUAUCUUUCACUGGCCAAAAAACUGGAAAAAGAACAUCGGAGUACUCACGCCUUAUCGUGAUCAGGUGAAACGAAUUCGAGAUGCAUUGCGAAAAAAAGGUCUUGGUUAUGUUGAUGUUGAAACUGUUGAGAACGUCCAGGGUAAGGAAUUCAGGGCGUUAUUUAUUAGCACGGUCAGAACGAUGUGGACUUGCUCGGUAAUCGAAGGACGAAAUGAGUACCCUUCUGAACUGGAUUUUGCAUUCCUUUCGGACUCACGUUUCUUAAACACGGCCGUGACUCGUGCCCAGUCCUUGCUCGCGGUCGUCGGAGAUCCGAUGUCGCUAUGCAGUGUGGGUGCGUGCAGAGAUUUGUGGAAAGAUUAUCUCAGACGCUGCGAAGACAACAAAGCUCUGCACGGCUGCACUCUUAAGGCUGUGAUGGAUUUCUGUCUGUGUUCUCAGCCUCUUGAUCCGAGUGUUCCUGAAUUUAAACCUAGCGCGGGCGCGGGCGCAACAAGUGAACGGCCUGAUACUUCAAAUAGUUCACAUUCAAGAGGCGAAGAGCAAAGUAUUUCAAGUGAAAGAACACCUUCUGUAGCUGGAGCCAUAAACUCUUCCUCUUUGAAUGACUCCACUACAAGUACAUUUCCUAACCAGAGCUUCCUCCUUGGUUCUCGCCCUGAUAUUGAAAGACAUGAUGGGAUUGAUGGGAACCAAGAUGAUAGAGGAGGUAAUUUGGCAGUGGAUAACGAGAGCACCUACGAUGAUGAUGAUGCUGUUGUUGGCGAGGCGGAAAACAAGAGCGAGGAUGAUUCGAAUAUAAACCAAGCAACAACCGAAGAGUUCUUUCAUCGAGACGAAGACGUCUUCGAUAAAAUCAUUAGAGAACUUGUCAAAGCAUGUCAAAGGACAAGGAAGAAAGAUGAAGAUCAGCGAAAUGCGGCAAGCGAAGAAUUCCCGCUGCUUACCGAUAAUGUUCCGAAGCCCCCAGCCCCACACUGGCCUAAUACAAGCACUGGACUGGGCUUUCAUGUGACAGGAAGCGAAAAGUAUUUUCGUCUCACCGGCGGAAAAUCAUCCAAGCAGAGUGGUGACGAGAAGUCCUGGUCUCCUCAUGACAUAGAUGCGUUUCCAAGAGAAGAACUGGCAAACCUAGUCCAAAGGAACCCAUUGCUGUUUACAAUGUGCACCUUUCGUAUCAACAGCGGCGUUGGUUCCCAGCAUUACUACGGUAAUCUGCCAACGCCAGACAGUCCUGACAUUCAAAUCCCCGGCCGCAUCCGAGGGGUUUACGAAGACGAUGUCGUCAUGCUGGAGGUUCAACCGAGCGCCUGGGUGCAAAGUGAGGACGGGCAAAAAGCAGAAUGUGUAACAUUCGGAUACAUAAAGGGUUUGUGGAGAAGAAUUAUCGAGCCCGGAGAACGUCAAUUUGUUUGCACGAUCGAUCGGGCGAAUCCCUGUGUGAUGGUGCCCAUCAACAAAAACGUUCCAAAGCUCAUGAACUUUACAGAUACGGAAAAGAGCAUAAUUCCCAUCUACAAGAUACAAGAUGGUGACGUUAGCGAGGCAUCAAUAUUGAGCACAAAGCAUUAUGGAGAGGCCUUAGCUGGUGAACGCGUGUUCAUUGUGAAAAUAUUAAAAUGGCGUACGGAGUUUCCUUUUCCUCUUGGAAUCGCUAUUCAGCAUAUUCCUCAUGGCAGAGAUCUUGAGACGGGAAUGGAAAUCCUGUACCAAGAACACAAUAUCAGGAAAAAGUUUGGCAAGAAGUUGAGCAAAACUGUUCGAAGAGAUUUUAAUGAAAACUGGCAAAUACCAAUAAGCGAGCGAGGCCGUCCCGAGUACCGCGAGAACGUUUUUACCAUUGAUCCACAGAAUUCCUUGGAUCUUGAUGACGCCAUCAGCCUACGGUCGCUUGGCAACGGCAACUACGAGCUUCGCAUUCAUAUCGCUGAUGUUUCGUAUUUCGUCCUGCCGAAUUCAGAUCUAGACGAAGAGGCGAAGUUACGUGGCACGAGCUACUAUCCUCCGGAUCCUGACGAAAACGUUCCGAUGCUUCCUCGACAACUCUCCGAAGGCUGCUGUAGUCUUCUGGAGGGAAAAGAUCGUCUUGCUCUCACGGUUAGAGUCGAAGUUACGCUUGAUGGAAAGGUAGUCGGUGACGCGAAAAUGGAGCGAAGCGUGAUCUGCUCCAGUUCUAGGUUGAGUUAUCUUGAAGCACAACAAAUCAUUGAUGAUUCAAGCCAAACAGAAGUCGUUGCUAACACUCAGGAAGAAGAAAUCCAAGUCGAUGAAGCCAUUGGUAUAAUCCACCGUUUUGCUGAAAAACGUCGCAAAUUGCGCCUGGGCUUAGAGAGAUCAAUGUACCACCGAAAAAGCGACGAUGAUGAUGAUUCCGGUGGUGAAAAUGAAAGAGAAGCUCAUCGAAUGAUCGAAGAAGUAAUGGUGUUGGCCAACCAUUUGGUCGCGAAAUAUCUGCUAAAGAAAUUUCCGGAAUGCACACCUCUCCGGGUGCAACCACCACCAAAGACACGGCGUGUGGUAGAAUGGAGACAACGUUUUCAGAGAUUCCUGAGCUUUUCUCUUGGCCUCGGAUGGCUUGGAGAUUCCAGCAAUGUCGCUCAGGAAGAAAAUGCUGACCUUAUGGUCCCGUUCCAAACUUGGAAAGCAAUAAUGAGCGAGGUACAAAAGGGUUCGAAUCUCCAGGAUUUAGUUAAAAUUGUUUGUGAUCUGGAUCUGUUUCCCCAGCUAUCGCUCGCCAGCAUGCACCAACAACAAAUACAGCAGCGUGGAAGUUAUAUUUGCUCAGGAGAUAAUUUCGGGAAUAUUCCUUACCCUUGGGUCCAGGAUCAAAAAGUUGCGCCCACAAGCAUGGCGAGGGUUGUCCGUGACGAUUCAUCAAAUCUACUGCGGAAUUGGUCGGAAGAUUGCAACGAACGUCCGGAAGAUGGUACAGAACACGGAGCUAGCUCUGGGAACGUUGAGGCAAAUGCAACAUACGGUGUGUCUGGUACACCUCCUGAUGUUUCCUCAAACGUACCACCAGGACAAGCUAGCUUUGCAGCUGAAGACAGAGAAACAGCCACGGAGGAGAGUACAGGCCACGAAACAGGCUCUGAAAAUGUGGAUGCACCAGCGUCUUCCGCCAACGAAGAUUUCCAAUUGUCUUCUGAUGUUCCGAUCAGCGAGGACCUAAGAAUUAUCUUGCACGGACACUCAAGUCUUUGUCUCGAUGCUUACUGUCACUUCACUUCACCAAUUCGCCGAUAUAUCGACAUCAUCGUCCAUCGUUUGGUAGUGGCUGCUCUAGAGAAUAAACAAAACGUUAUGGAUCCUGAGGACGUUGCAACAAUUUGCGCCCGCAGCACGUUUUUUGCCCGAAAUUCCAGGCUCUUUGACAAAGGGGCGAAGAGACUUAAGCUGGCCGUUAAAAUGCAAAGUUCUUUGAAGUUUGUGUCCGCGUAUAUCGACGAAAUACAACCCGAUAACUUGAAGUUGUUCUUUGGUCCUGGAGAAAUGGAUCUCAUGGGUGGCAAGUCAGUUCGCAUCGCACGACUCGGACCAGAUAAAGACCCACAACCAGCAGGCGAUGGCAUUAGGUUGCAUUGGAUAUUUCGGCUUCUGCGCUUGGACAAGGGAGGCCUAGCACAACCCAAGCCGGAUUCAUCCGACGAUGAGAAAUCCCAAAAGGUUGGAGAUAUACAGCAAUCUGAGGGUGCAUCAGAUUUAACAGAAAAAAAUGAUGACUUUGACUACACUGUGGAUGGCAAAGCCUGGAGAGAAGUUUUGGAUGCGGUCACAAAUCAAAAUGAAGGCGAGCUCAAAUCUCGCCUGAAGGAACUAGAUAACGAGGUUAAACAACAAAGAAAUGAAAGUGAUGAAAAAAUGACUCUACUUGAAAGAGUGAAGAAAGAAACUGACCCACUUGUUCGUAAUGCUCCAUAUCAACAUCCAAAUGCUGGAAAACCGGAACCGUCUGAAAGCGAAACGUACGAGUUUUAUGAAUUGAACAGAUCUUUCAAGACUUACAGUCGAGUCAAGGUUCAGGUUAGUCCCCAAAUGUCCCGAGGGGUCAUUUCACCUAGCGUACAACUCUUCAAACUGACCAAUCAGAUGUACGCAUGCAUUGAACACCGAAGCUUUCCGACUACCUGCUUUGCAAAGACAUCGCACAGACGACCGACCAAAACCAAGGUCUCCGACAUCGCGGAAUAUGUGAAGGUCUGGAAACCCGUGCUCAUGAUGGAAAUCGCUACGUCAGCUGUUCACGAAGAUGACGUCAUCACCUUCUCAAAUCUUCGUGUGAAUUUUGAGCGUGAUUCCAAAGGUUUGGUGACCAUGGAAUUUGAUUUGUCGGAUCGCUACUGCAAAGUUCACUUCCUCGAUCCGCUGGAUUUAAACCUUCUGUGCGUCCGUGCAAAAGAUCCUGCAAAUAGAUCGGAAAAGGAUGCCGGGUUCUGGGUCGGACAUUUUCAAAUUUCAGAAGAAUUAAGAAAGAAAGAAGACGCAAAAUUAUUACUUGAAAUGAUGACAGAGAUGCAAAGUGCCAAAGAUUUCCUUGCAGAUGAAACGGAAUCAAUCCAUAAUUCCCAACCAGAAAACUUACCUUCACCUACAAGAAAAGUUAAACCGGUUAACGAAAGAUAUUCCCAAGAGAAAGACUUUUAUCGUCCUAUACUAGCUCGGUUGAUUGACAGUUCAACGCCAAUUCCAGAUUCACUGAUUGCCAAAAGAUUUUAUGUCACAGUCGAGUUUAUAUCCCUAGGUAUUCCUGACAGACGUCGCCUGGGAGCUCUCCAUGACUCAGUUUUGGCGUCCAAACUGAUUCAGAAUAUUUGUAUUGGAGAGGCAAUACAAGACCUUGAUGUUGCAAACGAGCUACCAAGCAAUGACUUGUCAUUAUGCAGUGAGCAUCACAGUUUAACAAAUUUUCAUCCGUUGAAUAAAUACCAAAGGAAUGCAGUUGAGAAAGCCUUAACCAAACCGUUCACCCUCAUUCAGGGACCACCAGGAACUGGGAAAACAGUCACUGGGGUCCAUAUUGCAUAUUGGUUUGCUCAAAUGAACAAGAAUAGAUUACCUUCUGUAAAGCUGGAUAGAAAAAAGAACAAUGGUUCUUUAGUAUUUUACUGUGGGCCUUCCAACAAGUCCGUCGAUGUCGUCGCUCGUCUUCUCCUAAAGAUCCCAGGAAUAAAAAUCUUGAGAAUCUACGGUCAAGAAAUUGAACGAAAAGAAUUUCCAGUGCCGGACAAGAUCACUCUGUUUCGAACAAGACGUGUCGCUGUGGAGUUGAAGGCUGAUAAAGAUCUCAGAGACGUAUCGCUACAUCACGUUAUACGCAAAGAGUCAAGUCCUUUUUGGAAAAAAUUAGAGAAAUAUGAUAAAGCAUUUAAAUUGCUCACGGACAGUGGCAAAAGCGCCUCUCGUUAUACGAUUGAUAAAUUCACCGAGGUGAAAAGUGAGGCUGAGGAAUGGGCAAUUACUGAGACAGGAGUCGACGUGAUCUUAGCCACUUGUACCACUGCGUAUAGCCCGCGUAUCAAGAUACCUGGUUUUGUCUGUCAAUGUAUUGUCGAUGAAUGCGGCAUGUGUAUUGAGGCCGAGACCCUCUGUGCUAUGUUGGGUUCGAACGCGAAGCAAGUCGUUCUCAUUGGCGACCACAAGCAACUGCAGCCUAUCAUUAAGUGCGAGAAGGCGAAAGACCUGGGACUAGGGAUUUCAAUGUUUGAACGCUAUUCAGAACGCGCUCAUAUGCUUGAGAUCCAGUACAGAAUGCACGAAAAACUAUGCGAGUUUCCAUCACAUCGCUUUUACGAUGAAAAACUAAAGACAGCGCCUGAAGUUAAACUUCGAAAGCCUGAUAAUGUCUCAUGGCCGAACGGUGAUCGCUUUCCGUUUGUUUUCCAUCAUGUCGAAGGAGUGGAGGAGUUUCUUGUUGUCCCGACAGAACAAGGAAAUGAAAGAUCUCAGAAGAAUCAGAAAGAGGUUGACAAAGCUGUUUAUCUGGCGCGUCGUCUUGUUGGAGAGGGAAUUGAAUGUAAAAAUAUCGUCAUUCUGUCUCCAUAUCGAGCUCAAUGCUUUCAAAUAUCCGAGAAAUUGAGACUACAUGGUUUGAAUGAAAUCUCCGUAAGUUCUGUGGUUGCUGCUCAAGGAAGUGAAAGAGAUUACGUCAUUUUGUCAUUGGUACGAUCUCUUCCUGAAAGAGAAAUUGAAAGAAACCCAUCGCGAUCAUGGCUGAAAGAACAUCUCGGAUUUUUGACUGACGAGCAUCAAAUCAACGUUGCUCUGACCAGGGCCAAACGAGGCCUUUGUAUCAUUGGCAAUUCCAACUUGAUUGGUGUUUGCAGUUUGUGGCGAGCGUUGUUGGAGCAUUACGACAGUAAAGGUUGUUUAAAAAUGGAUGCAGAAUAACGCCCAACAUUUCUGCUGUUACCAAGUAAUCUUUUUAAGAAACAGGUUUAAAUCAUACAUUAUAUAUAAUGUAAAAAUAUAAUCAUAUAUAUAGGGUAUGAGGGAUAUUUUUAUGGGUGAUUUUUUAAAAUACGCGUAGGCCUAUCUAUAUUAAUGUAGUAUAUUCAUGUAGUUUUUAGAUUGAAUUUCCUUCAAAAGUAGAUUUAACUCUAAACUUUAAAGGCCAGUUUUUAGCCGAAAACGUUUAGAAAAUAUUUACCUUGAAACGUCAUCUAUGGUUGACCACCUUUUAAUAGUUUUGCGUGGCAAACCCCUAUAGUCUCGCAAUAGUUAGAUCAUAUGACAUCAACACAUUUAUGGCGGGACUCACUAUUUUAUAAAUAAGCACUCAUCUUUUACACGCGGUGUCUAAAAAGGUACCUCUUUCGAGAUCAAAGAGAAACAUGCUAGUAUAUAUAGUAAUUGGGCAUUCAAAUUCUAUCAAAAGCCUCAUUUUAAAAGGGGUGUACUUUUUAAAACUCCUUGUAUAUAUGCAUUGUUAUGUAAUUGUAAGUGAAGGUUUGUAACUUUUGUUCAAAUGUAUAUAAUACAAUUAUAUGCACCUCAAAG